ACCUCUCUGGAAUUAUGGGGUUUCCUGCACUUUUUUCUGGACUAGUGGUACUGGUCCUUGUCAGAGAUGGGCUCAUGACUAGCUGGAUCACUGCUCUGACCCAAUAUCAUCAUUCCUAUGAACAGGAAGGGAUUCUACAACCCAAGGAAGAUGUCAAGACGCAGUAGUCGCUUGCAAGCCAAGCAGCAGCUGCUGCCGCCACCCCCAUCCCCCUGUCAGGAAGAGUCUCCACAAGAGCUGCAGGCACCAGAGCCUCUCCAGACCAAGAAAAGGAGAGCAACAGAGGAUAUCAAGAAAGGAGAAGAUGAAAAGGUCAUUAAAAGACAUCAGUAUGAGAUUAAGAGUUGUUGGCCACCCACAAUAUCAGGAGGCAUCUCCCCCUGCAUAAUUAUUGAAACACCCCACAAGGAAAUGGCAGCUACUGACUUUUCCAGAUUCAAGAAAUACAGGUUCAGAAACCUCUUCAUAAAUCCAUCACCUUUGCCUGAACUUAGCUGGGGAAAUUCUAAAGAUGUCUGGCUCAAUAUCCUGAAGAAGGAGAACAAAUAUGCUCACUGCAAACAUUUUACAUCGCUACAUUCUAACUUGCAACCACACAUGAGAUCAAUACUCCUGGACUGGCUCUUGGAGGUAUGUGAAGUGUAUAUGCUUCACAGAGAAACCUUCUACCUAGCUCAAGAUUUUUUUGAUAGAUUCAUGUUGACACAAAAGAAUAUUAAUAAAAAUAUGCUUCAGCUAAUAGGGAUUACCUCAUUAUUCAUUGCCUCCAAACUUGAGGAGAUAUAUGCUCCUAAACUACAAGAGUUUGCCUAUGUCACAGAUGGUGCUUGUAGCGAAGAUGAUAUUAUAAGAAUGGAGCUCAUUGUAUUAAAGGCUUUAAAAUGGGAACUGUGCCCAGUGACAAUCAUCUCCUGGCUCAAUCUUUAUCUCCAAGUGGAUGCUUUGAAAGAUGUUCCAAAAGUGCUGCUACCUCAGUAUUCUCAGGAAAAAUUCAUUCAAAUAGCACAGCUUUUAGACCUAUGUAUUCUAGAUGUCAGUUCUCUGGACUUCCAGUAUAGGACACUGGCUGCUGCUGCACUCUGCCACUAUACCUCAGCUGAGGUAGUCAAAAAAGCUUCAGGUUUAGAUUGGAACAGCAUUUCAGAAUGUGUAGCGUGGAUGGAUCCUUUUGUUAGGGUGGCAAGAAAAGCCCCUGUGAAAUUGAAGAGUUUUAAGAAAGUUGCAGUGGAAGACAGACAUAAUAUCCAAACCCACACAAACUACUUGGACAUGCUGGAUGAAGUGAAUUGUGGAGUAGCUCUAACAGCACCAGGACAGUUAUCUCCAGGAUGUAUAGGAGGAAUAAUAACACCACCCAAAAGCACAGAGAAAAAGUGAAAAUAUGGAAACCACUGACAAGACGUAUGCAAUGAACACUCUUGGUAGAAACUCCAAAGCAGGACACUGCUUCAGUACAGAGCUACCCUAAAGCAGAGACUCAAUCUAAUCCUUGAACACUUACUGCUAUACAGGAUGUUGAGGCAGAAAAAGACAUGUCAAACUGAAUAAUGGAUAGCUUGGCCUUGUGCAGACUUCAGAAUUGUUACACAACACCUAUCCCUCCCUAGGUUAUGGAGGGGGUUAUGAUAGAUCAUUUGGUCCCUUCUGCUUUUAAUCUCUGCUAUAGUAGGAAUAUUAAUUUAACUGGAAAAAAUUCAUAAUUUAAAGACUAUUUUGAGAACUUGUUUUAAAACAAAUCUUGUUGGAUAGGAUAGCAGUCAUUAACAAAGCAGAGCCAUACACCAUUUUUUGUUGGAUGGCAGGAGAAACAAAGCUAUGUAUUGCUCCUUAAAGCAACAGUGUGUACAAAUUCCCUAAUACCAUAGUGACUAUUUUCUUGGUAUGGUCACCUUUUAAAUCUGAGUUCAACUAAAACAAAAGCAGCCCACAAACUGAUGUCACCUGUACCCAUGCCACUUAUUCCUGGUUUGUGUGGUACUUGCAAUAUCUAAAGUUGAAGGCUAUGUUUGAGUUGGAAAUUUAAUCUGACUGCACUUAAGCAAAGCUGCUAUCUACCUUGAUGUUGGUGCAAGGGGGAUGAACUUCUAAGGCCAAAAUAGCAUCUUUAGAGGGGUAGGGCUAGAUUAAAUCCUCAGUCUAGACAAGGCCUAAAGUAAAGUGACAGAUUGCUUUGGGGGGAGGGCUGCUGAAGAGGUGCUAACCUGAACUUGUUUUAAGUGCUAAAUUUGACCUCAGGUAAAAAACAAUUUGCUGCUGAAGUAAUUUAACUGGAAAAGUAAUUGAAGGGAAAAUAGUCUACUACAUAUUAAGAUCUAGACAUGGCCCCUUUUAAAUGUAGAGCUCUUAGCAAGAGUACACCUUGACUUCAAGAAGUCUACAGCCACUUAAAGUGGAAGCAGUAUUUUAAUACCCCAUACCGUACAGGUAUCAAUGUUUAAAACAGCAUUAGCCACCACUCUAUUCACUACCUCUGCUCCUGCUAUGAGUAGCUGCUCCAGCAAGGAGCAUCUUUUUGAACAAUGGAGGAAUUACAUGCUUCAGUAAGGUAAAGUAUACAUUUUUAUAGAACUCAAAGCAAGACUUUUGCUGGCAAUGUCUGAGCUGUGCUUAUUCUGAGCACACACCAUCACAAUUAAGCCUCUAAUGUACAUAUUCUUAAUAAACUGUAUUAAACUCAGCAUUCUCUACUAGUUUAACUUAGCUGAAGCUUGAACUCAUUGCUUCAAAUUGAUUUUUUUUUAAAAAAAGCAUUAC